AUGUUCUCCAGAAGUUUGCGUUCUGAAACGCGCAGCAGAGCUAAAGAAGAUUUAAAAAGAGUUCACAAGUCACAUGAACAGGUCAGAAGUUGGGAGAAGAAGUGGGUUGCCGUCAAGGAUACUUCAAUGCUUGUCUACAAAUGGGUCCCUUCUCUAAUGAUUGAUAUAGGUCAUGCUAAGAAAGGGACAUUUAAUCGUCAGUCGAACAUCAGUAACUCAUCUCAUAUUCCUUCUGGAAUCCUUUCUUCGUAUUCAUGUCAGAAGACUGAACAAGAUAACUCCAAUGGGACAACUGAUUCAAAUCCAGACAAGUCUACAAACUUAAAGAAUGAAGAUCGAAGUAUCAAUGAAGCAUCACAGGAUACAGUGUUGUCAGUUACAGAUGAGACAUCACUGAGAAAAUCCAGUAUAGAUGUUGAACAUACUAGUCAACAGACUCCAGUUGAUGGGAACAAUGACUUUGUUAUGAUAUCUGAACAAAGAAUUGAUUCUCUGCCAGAUGAUGAAUCUUUCAUCACAGAGCAGAGUUGCGUUAAAUCUGUUGAUGUUGAUUCAAUCACUGAUAAUGAAAAUAAUAGUAGUAAUCAGGAUGGUCGAUGUUAA